AUGUUCUUGCUUGCAUUUCAGGCUGGCACUGCAUCCGCAGGAACAGGAGGCAAACGCCUCUCCAACCUAGCGAAAUCAGCUGAGCAUCUGGUAAAUUCAAUCAGGGUGGCACGUCAUGUUCGCAACAAGAGCAAGCUUGCACAGAUCCAAGAUGCGUUCCUUGACACGGCUAUGCCACCAGCCUUGCAGAAUUUUGCAAGGGCUGCAGGCCGGAAGCCAGUUUCUGGAUCAACGAUCUCCAAAUCCCAGGUCAAAGUGGAUGCGGCCUUGGCUCUGCUCCAUCGCACUGUCUUGGAUGAGUCUGAAGGGCCAAUCUUUCUGUGGUGCGACAGUUCCCCACAGUUGGGAACCGAUUGGUUGUUGUCCAUCUACGACUUUAUUCCGAAAGAUCGUGUUGUUCAAUGUUUUCACGAAGCAAAUAAAUUGACAUCUUCUGUAGCUGCCUUUCGCAAUGCUGUUGAUGGCAUGGAUGCAGAUGAGGUUGAUGCGUUGGUAACUGCGAGGGUUGCUGCGUCUUCGGCUUUGAGGCGCGACAUUCGACGUCACAGACAAAUGCCCAUGGCGAUUGGUUCCGGUGCCGGCACAAUUUCCGACAAAAUUAAGGCAAUAGCCUUGAAGUUUUGUCACGAAACUUCCGAUGCAAAUGCACUCCGACGUGUGGCCUCACAGGUUCAGUCCUUCACCGUGGACCUCGGAGUUGAGUCAGGGAUAUCGCAUGCCCCUGGCGACAUUCAGGACUAUUUGCCAGCAUGGAUGACGGUUGCUGAUGCCGUUCUUCCCGAUGACGGGUUGGACAUACUUGAAGAAGAAGGCAGAACACAACAGGUUUUUCCGAGCUCGAUGAUGACCGCAGGUUUAGACCAUGUGAGCAAUAACCUUCAGUCAGAUUUGGAUGAGCAUUUACAGGGGUGGGCCGCUUGGCUUCCACGAUUCAAGGCUGUGGCCCAUUUACUCAGUCACAAAUAUCUUCUGAAACGCCUUGUUGCCCGAUGUGUUGAAGGAACUCAGGUUGCUGUGCUCGCCAAUUGCUUUGAAACGUGUGUCUCAAGCGUUGCGAAGUGGCGUUGGGGUACCAUAGUCAAGGCACUCCCCACCAUUCUUGACCUGCUUCGGCCACUCAGCCUUGUGUGGGACGCCGACAAGUUCAUGGCCAAAUCGCAGGGACCUGAGCAUGAGCGGCAGGACCAGGAUGUGGAGAAUGAAGCCAUGGAUGUUGGCAUGAUUUCUGAAGCGGUGAAAAGUGCCCAGUGGAAAGUCUAUGCGCAAAUGAUCCUCCGAUUGCACCAGAUUGCCAACUUUAUCAGCUCCUGGGGAUCUGGUUGUCCUUGUCAUCACUGGCCGAGCACGAGCAGCAAAUACAAGCAGGCGUUGGAUAGUGCCCUCCAGUCUUUGGGCCACCCGACGGAUGCGGACGGUUCGCGAUGUGCAUGUAUUCUUGCAGGCAAGCGUGCGCCGGAAAUGGCCACUGGUAGGUGGAAAGAGCUUAUGGGCGAACUCAUCGAAGAAUUGCGUCCUCAAGUCUUGAUGGACACGCUUUCUCUGCCAGAACAAGACAAGGAGAGCAUCCUGAAUGAUUUUGAACAUGGUGUCAGUUAUGUUCAAAUGGUUCUCGACAUCAAGUUAGCACACUGGACCGAGCUUCCCUGGCAACUAUGUGCUCUGGCAACAGAUGUGGCAGGAGACCGGCCUAAGGCUGCCAAGCGCAUCCUGGACACCUUUGAGAAGUUGCCGCAGACUGAGGGAGCUCACCAUGGCAUCACCUGGCGCUUCCUGCGGCCUGGUGGAGAGCUACGAGAGCAGCUGCGCCGUUUGGCCGAUGAUCCUUCUGCAGGGUUGGAAGAAUUGCCCGAGCUCUUGUACGAGGUUUCUCGCUUGCGCUUCAUCCCUGUGGUGGAGCGGAUCAUUGAGGGCGAGCACAGCCUUCUGCAUCGGUACGGUGGCUACCGGAAAGUCACAGGAGCGUAUGUUUCUUGCGCGCUUCGAUUGAAGGAAAUUGACGAGGUCAUGGAGACUCGCAAGGAGGACCUCUUCAUGGCCUUCAAUCGUUGCAGGAAACUUCGAAACUUAGCGACCUUGUUUCGGUUUGCGCAGCAUCCAGGGUGGGUGCGCAUCGUCUCCAAGCCGGCGGAGGAGCAGUCCGGCUUGCAGAAAGCAGCAAACGCCAUCCUCUAUGGCAACGAUCCCGCAUCCCUAUACCUCGAUCUCACGGGGCAAAAAGAGCAGUACAGCAAACAGAAGAAUGCUCAGGAUAAGCAAAGGGACAAACUUCUGAAGCAGCUGAACCCACGCCGAGAAUUGACGCAGGCCGCUGUUGUGAACCAUGCUUUGAUGCAACACCUUGCAGGGCAGCUCGUGCCAGGCAAUUUUUAUUCCCUUCCUUUGGAAUACUCCAAGCAAUCUGCCGUAAGAUCCUUGGAUGAGGCACAGCAACUCCCACUUGCCGGCGAAGGUGCACAUGCAAAACCCAGCUUGGCUGCAGCAGAGGCCGACUUGUGUGUUCGGUUGGAUGACGAUGCUUUGGAGGCUGUGCGUUCUGCUGCAAGCCCCGGCACUGACAUAGCUGAGGAACAUGUUUUCUUGAGGGUUCUCAGUUCUCGAGCCGGUUCACUCAGAACAGUCAGAGGGGCAGUUGCGGGCAGACAGCGCAUACGUCGCGGUGAUAUCACCAUCACUUUUCACAAAGCUGUGCGUUGUGGUGAUGCCGGGGGAUGGGUUCUGCAAUCCCAGCCAAACAAGUGCUCUCAGUCUGGAGCCCUCGUCCAUGUUCUGUCAGGCAUCGGUGCCAGUCUUGGAGAUGUUUCGCAGAUGUUGUGCUGGGAGCGUUCCGAGGAACGAGUCUUGACCUUGCCUGACGUCACUUCUGAGGGAGCUUCGGCUGUCCUGCAAAAGCUCAUUGAUGAGGGGUCAAUUGAAGGGAAAGACUCCCCUUUGCCCAUGUCCUUGCUCGACAGCUCCUUGCACGCGCAUGCUGUGGAAUUGCGCGAUCAGGGUUGGCUGCUGGAAACAGACUCGGGCUGGAGCUUGAGUUACAAAGCAUUGCAACACAUGUCUGUUGGCCAGAUGGUGAGACAAUCUUUUUCGUUGGGGCGGCCGGUAGAGGGUUUGCCUUUGGAAGAAUUUUCGGUGUUUCAACUUUGCAAGUAUCUUCACAGCCAGGGCUGGACAUGGCAGCGCCUUUCAAAGACCCGCGAUCCUUAUCAGCAGGGGGCUUUGAAGGUCUGGUACACAAGUGGAACAACCGUCAAACAUGAGUAUCUGCUGAGUCUUGCGAAGGCGGAGGACAUGUUCCGAGAGCAGCAAGACCUUAGCAUUGCCCAUGGCAAAGGGGUGAAGUACUACCGCUUCUUACUGGAUGGGAAUUUUGAUGCUGCUGCGCUUGCUCUGGAAGACGUGGGCGGUGGCGAUGGUGUCCGUGAUCGCAACCAGGCUGCAAUGCCAGACGACAUGCCUGGGCCUGAAGCAGCUGCCAUGCUUCUCCCAGAUGAUGGCUUUGAUUUUGGAAGCCUUUUGCCGGCCACUUCAGCUUCGCCAUCUGCUUCUGGGGUCACUCAGAAGACUGCAAAGGCAAAGGGCUCGCAUCGCAAGCGCAAGAGCCAUGCAAGUGUCCAAGAACUGGAUCCUGCAGACCCUGCCGAGCCUGGAAUGCUUCAGGCGCAAGAAACAGCUCCAGACACGGCUUCCCCUUCAACUGUUGGCGGCGGAGUGGGCUCAGUAAUCCUUGGCAGUCCCAUGAGUCCCAUUGCGUCGUCGCUGUUAAUGUCCGAUGAUGAUGUCGGCCAGUGGCGCUCCGAUCCAGAAGAGCAAAAUGAUGUUGAUGACGCUGACGCGGAUGCUGCCAUGCCGGAUGCAGCUGCUGCUGAUGCAGAUGGGCAAGGGGGUCAGGGCGAUGGUGGUGACGAGGUUCCAGAUGGUCAAGAGCCAGAGAUGGCUGAUGGGCAUGAGGCAUCCUCUUCUUCUGCCCCAGCUGCGGCGCAUGCUGGUGCCCCCGUCCCUGUCGCCCGUGUUCAGAGACCGGAGUCAGCUCCGUCCUGGGGAAAAUGUGGCUUCAGAAUCACGUACCGACCUCCGAAUGAUGAUGGGCGGGAGUCGGAGUUUGGGGCUUGGCAGGGCACAUGUGUUUUUCAUGCCAAAUCCGCAAAAACUAAGUGCACCAAGUCGCUGAACAUGUCUGAUGCAUCCGCUGAAACACGUGAGAGAUGCUUCAAUAUGGUCAAGCAUUGGUUGUUGGCUGCUCCCCGCUUCGACCGUGCUUCGAAGCACAGUCAGUGGAACCCACGUAACCAUGAAACACCACCAGGCGAUGUUUUGGAUGCGCAGGCCAUGCUCCUGGACCCUCCUGCAGCAGAUGUUGUGCCAGACGAGGAUCUGGAUGCGCCUACAGCAAAGCCCCGGAAGCGUGCGCAUCCUGCAACGGCCAAGACGAAGACAAAGGCCAAGGCGAAGGCGAAGGUGAAAGCACAAACAAAAGCCAAGGUCAAAGCCAAGGCCAAGGCUUCGACAGUGUCUCCCGGGCCAGGGCCAGAUGAGUGUGCUUCUGAUCCAAGUUCGUCCGUUUGUGGCUCAGGUUCUGGCUCUGAGAGCGAGAACGACAGCUCCAGCAGCAGCAGCACCAGCAGCAGCAGCAGCAGCAGCAGUUCAGACUAA